ACGACGCGGACGUGCUUCACUCAGUUCGUGCGCGAAAGUCGUUACCUGCGUCACACUCGCAUUUCCUCCACACGCAAACAUAAGUCCGUCGGUAAACAGAUGAAACAUUUGCAAAACUAACCAAUUUAUAUUUAAUAAUCGGAUCCUUUACGAUCAGUGGGCAAAGGCCCUGUGUAACGUAACCUUGUGCUGUGCUGUGCGAGAAAGUGUGUGACGUCAUAGGGACCGGCCGGGGCGAUCAUAUGUUGGACGCGGAUGCAGUGAUGGAAUGUGGCGUGUUAUUGUAGUGACGUGCAAUGGUGGUGUGCCUUGGUUUACCUUUAUAGCAGCAGUGCCGCCUGGGAGCGGAUCUUCUACGGGUAAAAUGCGUAGAAAAAGAUGAACCAGGAUGCUGAGAGCUUGCAGCCGACAUGGCGGUUGUGGGGCGAGGAGCGCGUCGACGGCGCCAUAUACACGGUGUACCUCAAGAAGGUGCGCUACCACCGGCCCACGCGGAGCGCCUCCAGUGAAUCAGAUGAUGAGAUAUCGCACUUGGAGUGGGAGACGGUUCGCGUGCGUUUUGUGAAGGCUGGCACCGUCGAGCGGCUGGUGGAAGCACUCGCCACUGACGACGGAGAACUCGAGUCCACAUACGUCAACGUAUUCCUCGCCACAUACCGUUCGUUUGCGGAAUGUGGCCGAGUUUUGGACCUACUGCUUCGCAGAUAUGAAGCCCUCGCUGCGGAAGACGUAGUACCAGCAGCUGUCGACACGUCACAGCAACAUCGAAAGACUCUGGUGGCAUGUCUUCACGUUUGGUUGGACACCUACCCUGAGGACUUUCGACAACCCCCGCAUCACCCCGCACUGCAGCAGCUACUCGCCUUCACUCAGCUCCACUUGCCAGGUUCAGAGCUUCAUUCGAAGGUAUUACAGAAGUUAGCCAUAUUUAGUGCGGAACGUAAUGGUGUAUCUGGCAUCGGUGGCGGCGGCGUGUGCCUGGCGCCGGGCAUGCGGGUGUCGGCGCACCACACGAGCGCGUACCGGCUGCCGCACGUGCCGCACCGACACUUCGCCGAGCAACUCACUAGGAUGGACAUGGAGCUCUUCAAGAAGCUCGUGCCUCAUCAGUGCCUCGGUGCCGUUUGGUCCAGACGGGACAAGGAUCGAUCACACGACGCGGCCACCGUCCUCGCCACGGUCAAUCAAUUCAAUGCAGUCUCGUUUAGAGUGAUCUCGACCGUUCUCGUCGAACCCGAUCUGAGACCUAUCGAACGAGCUGAUAUUCUGGCCUCCUGGUUGGAUAUCGCUCGUGAGUUGAGGGUGCUUAAAAAUUUUUCCUCCCUGAAAGCGAUCAUCUCCGGUCUGCAGAGUAAUCCCGUGUACAGGCUGAGAAAGACGUGGGCCCUCUUGGCUAAAGAAAAAUCAGAAUUAUUCGAUGAACUCGCUCGAAUAUUUAGCGAAGAUAACAAUCGUUGGGCUCAGAGGGAGUUGUUGAUGCGAGAGGGUACCGCCAAGUUUGCUGAUACGGUGGGCGAAAACGAUAGGCAGCUGCAGAAAUUGUUACACGAGAGGGGAUCGCCUGGAGUGAGUCACGGGACUAUACCUUAUUUGGGCACGUUUCUGACGGAUCUCACUAUGAUCGACACCGCCAUACCUGAUACUGUAUCGGAUGGAUUGAUCAAUUUCGAUAAAAGAAGAAAAGAGUUCGAGGUGCUCGCUCAAAUCAAACUUCUCCAGGGUGCCGCAAACGCUUAUCAUCUGCCAACAGAUCCCAUGUUCGAUAGAUGGUUCGAUUCUGUUAUAAUACUCGACGACCGUGAAGCUUACCACCUGUCUUGUCAGAUAGAGCCACCAUCGAAUCCACCAAAAGAUAGACGACCGAAAAAGAUGAAUGACACGAACAAUCAAGGGCAUAGGAAAAACGAUUCGAUCGCAAGCACGAGUUCGAGUAAUAGUUCCCAAUUUUAUUGUGAAACGGACGGUGUGACUAACGCUUAUAAAAGGGACAGUUUGGAGAGGCGGUCGUCGCCAACUAGACUAUCGCACGGUUCUUCGUCGUCAUCGAUACCCUCUUUAGAUGUUUCUCUUUCAAGUGCCAAUAGCGGGCAGAAGCAAGCGAACGGGAAGAUUGGUGGGAACAGUCCUGCUCACGUGAACUCACGGAGUGGACCGGACUUUUAUAUAAUCCGAGUAACUUAUGAAUCGGAUUGUGCCGAAACUGAGGGAGUGGUGUUAUACAAGUCGAUCAUGUUGAGUAACAAUGAGCGAACGCCUCAAGUAAUCCGCAAUGCUAUGCUCAAGCUCAAUCUCGACGGCGAUCCAGAUGCCUACACCUUGGCGCAAGUUUUGCCUGACAGAGAAAUGUUACUUCCCUCGAAUGCCAACGUAUAUUACGCGGUGAACACUGCUUACAACUUGAACUUCAUCUUGCGGCCGCGCAAGACGACUGCACCUGAAUUGCCCAUAAAUGGUAAAGCGCGAGCGCGUCGCACCUGACACGACACCCAGUAAACCAGUGCGAACUACAUUGGGGUCAUCCUUUGUGAUCUAGUACUGCCUCGAGUACCGACAUCGUGUGUCAUUGAACUGAGCUUCUAUUAUAAACAUUGUGAUCAGUUAUCUUCAGGGAUAUAUUAUAAAGUUAACUGAUAUGUCUCCUUAUUAUAUGUUUU